AUGUCGAAGAAGCGAAAAUGGGAUGAUGACUAUGUUCGUUACUGGUUCACCUGUACAACGGAGGUUGAUGGAACUCAACGCCCACAAUGUGUAUUGUGUAACUCGAUAUUUUCAAAUGCUGACCUCAGACCAUCGAAAUUGUCUGACCAUUUUAACAGACAGCAUGGUGGUGUAGGUGGGCAUGAUCUCAAUAGCCUGAAGCAUAUGCCAGCACCAUCGGAUCAGAGAGAAACCUUGAAAGCAUUUGGAGUUGCGUCUCAUGAGGAUGCCUUAUUACAAGCAUCAUAUCAGUUUGCGUAUUUAUGUGCCAAGGAGAAGAAUCCUCAUACAAUAGCUGAAAAAUUAGUGAAACCAUGUGCAUUGGAAAUAGCACAAAUAGUUUUGGGACCAGAUGCACAAAAGAAGCUUCAGCAGGUACCUUUAUCAGACGAUGUGAUCCAUUCUAGAAUUGAUGAAAUGAGCCAGGAUAUCUUACAGCAAGUUCUAGAAGACAUCAAAGCCAGUCCUCUCAAAGUGGGUGUUCAACUUGCUGAGACAACUGACAUGGAUGACUGCAGUCAGCUAAUGGCGUUUGUACGAUACAUAAAAGAAAGAGAGAUCGUAGAAGAAUUUCUCUUCUGUGAACCAUUGCAGUUAACAAUGAAAGGAAAAGAUGCGUUCAAUCUCUUCAGAGACUUCUUUUUGAAGCAUAAGAUAGCACUUGAUGUAUGCGGCUCUGUUUGUACUGAUGGUGCCUCUUCUAUGCUAGGAGAAAAUUCAGAAUUUGUUGCUUGUGUGAAAAAAGAGGUACCUCAUAUCAUGAUCACACAUUGCUUGUUGAAUCCCCAUGAACUUGUCACAAAGACCUUGCCUACAAAACUGAGAGAUGCUCUGUUUACUGUGGUGAGGGUAAUAAAUUUCAUCAAAGGACGAGCUCCAAAUCAUCGCCUCUUUCAGGCUUUUUUUGAAGAAAUUGGAAUAGAGUAUAGUGUCCUCCUUUUCCAUACUGAAAUGAGGUGGCUUUCCCGAGGUCAAAUACUUACUCAUAUUUUUGAAAUGUAUGAAGAAAUAAAUCAGUUCCUUCACCACCAAAGUAGUAAUUUAGUUGAUGGCUUUGAAAAUAAAGAGUUUAAAGUUCACUUAGCAUACCUUGCAGAUUUAUUCAAACACCUAAAUGAACUUAGUGCAUCUAUGCAAAGGACUGGGAUGAACACAGUAUCAGCUAGAGAAAAGUUAUCUGCUUUUGUUAGGAAGUUUCCAUUUUGGCUAAAGCGAAUUGAGAAAAGAAAUUUUACCAACUUUCCUUUUCUUGAAGAAAUAAUUGUUUCAGAUAAUGAAGCAGCCAGCAUUGGAGCAGAAAUAACCCUGCAUCUGCAACAGUUGAACAGCUUCUUCCAUGGAUAUUUUUCUGUUGGAGAUCUUGAUGAGGCAAGUAAAUGGAUACUGGAUCCAUUUCUUUUUAAUCUUGAUUUUGUUGAUGAUGGUUAUCUGAUGAAAAAUGAUCUUGCUGAAUUACGAGCUAGUGGCCAAAUCCUCAUGGAAUUUGAGACCAUGAAGCUUGAGGAUUUCUGGUGUGCUCAAUUCACAGUGUUUCCAAGCCUGGCAAAGACAGCUCUACAAAUCCUUGUACCAUUUGCAACCACAUACCUUUGUGAGUUGGGAUUUUCAUCACUUUUACAUUUUAAAACAAAGUCCAGAAGCUGCUUUAAUAUGAAUGAUGACAUCCGUGUGGCUAUUUCAAAAAAAGUUCCUCGUUUCUCAGACAUCAUUGAACAAAAGCUACAGCUACAACAGAAGUCACUAUAA